AUGUGGAAAGCAUCGGCACUGGUUGGCCUAUCUGCCGUCUUCUUGGCUUGGUUGCUUUACUUUUGCUUUUGGUCUGCAACCAGCAAACUUCCAUCUGCGCCGGGACCAUUGCUCGCUCGCUUCACUCGCUUCUGGUACCUGAAGGCCCUCAUCAGGGGUGAUUUUGAGCAGGUUAACAUCGCUUUGCAUAGAAAAUAUGGGAAAAUCGUUCGCCUCGAGCCCGGCUCGUAUAGCAUCGAUGACCCUGAGGCUAUCAAAACCAUCUACACCAUCUCAAAUCCAUGGGUGAAGUCGAGUUGGUAUGGGCCAUCUUGUCCUCCUGGCACCACCACCAAUUUCAGCACCCCAGACAACAAGGAUGCUGCUCGGUACCGUCGUAAUUACGCACAAGCCUUCGCCAUGUCGUCGAUACUGGCCUUCGAGCCGUUGAUCGAUGAAUGUGGAGAGCUCUUGAUCGAGAAGCUCAAGGCCUUCGCUAAGUCAGGCGAGACUGUUGACCUAACCCACUGGUUUACUUGCUGGGCCUUUGAUUGUCAGGGCCAUAUAACGUUUUCUGAACGUUUUGGAUUCCUCGACAAGGGUGAAGACAUCGGAGGCAUCUGUGAGAGUCUCCGUCAACGGAUGUCCUAUGCCGCUUUCGUGGGUGUGUAUCCGGAAUUGCACCCAACCUUGUUCAAGAUAGUCAACUGGCUCGCAGGGACAGGCACAGGUAAAGUAGACUAUACCAUCUCCUACACGGUGAAACGUAUCGCGGAGAGAAACGAAGGAGAGAAAUUGGAUAGAAAGGACAUGCUUGCCCAGUUCCUUGCCGGUCAGCAAAGGGAUCCAACCACUUUCACAGACUGGGAUGUUCUGAUUGGAGCCUUUGGCAACAUCGUGGCUGGCGCCGACACCACAUGGAUCACACUCUCUGCCAUCGUUUACUAUCUGUUGAAGAACAGGCGCUGUCUUGACAAACUGCGGAAGGAAAUCGAUGAGAUGGCCAAGGCAGGGUCGAUUUCGGAUCCUAUCUCUUUCCACGAGUCCCAAAGUAUGCCUUACUGCCAGGCGGUGAUAAAAGAAGGACAGAGGCUGUACCCUGGCACUGGGCUGCCAUUAUUUCGGGUUGUCCCAAAGGGCGGCGCCAUGAUCGCGGGCACAUACUUCCCUGAAGGAGCUGUUGUUGGCAUCAACAAUUGGGUCGCCCACCACAACAAGGACGUCUUUGGACCUGACCCAGAUGUCUUCCGACCAGAGCGCUGGCUCGAGGGCGACACUACCGCCAUGAACCGCUAUUACAUACCUUUUGGGGUCGGGCCCCGUGCAUGUCAAGGCCUGAACGUUGCCUUGAUGGAGAUGUCGAAAUUUGUCCCGCAGCUCGUCCGCCAUCUUGAUUUCGAUCUGCUCAGCGAGUGGAAGACCACGAACCGAUGGUUGAUGUUCCAGUCCAACAUCAAUGUCAAGGUGAAACUGAGAGAUUAG